AGCAAAGCGAGAGGAGGGGACAAAAGGUCACAGAAAACGAAAACUCAAGAACCCGAGCCGCGCUCUCGUUCUUUUUUUUUUUACCUUUCCCCUUUAUCUUUUCUCUCGCUGCCGAGAAAAUUCGCCGACGCUUCCCGGAAAUUUCUCAGUAGCCAAACAACAAAAGCUGCAGCAGCAGGAAGCUCAGGAGGUUGGGAGAGGGUGGAAUUUCAAUUUUCUACCUCCAAAGCAGCCAAGCACGCGACGGGGUAAAGGAUGCAGCAACCCAGGUCGUAUUUGGACAGGCCGAAUGGCAAGCGCGGGCUCGAACCGAGCUCUGCGGACGAAGGUGGCCAGCCCGAUAAGAAACGACCCGCUUUAGCCAGUGUGAUCGUUGAGGCUCUUAAGGUGGAUAGUCUGCAGAAGCUCUGCUCAUCAUUGGAGCCUAUUCUUCGGAGAGUGGUAAGAAAAUUUGAACGCUGUGGACGUUUUUCUUUAUUUUCAUUGGAGUAGCACUCAUAGAUAUUUAGCAUCCUUGGAAGCCUGAGCUGUCUUCUUUGAGCUCUCUUGUCGCGAAGGCGAAUGGAGAUGUCGGGUUGUUGUAACUGGCUGCUGUUUGGUGCCAAACAGGUCAGCGAAGAAGUCGAGCGUGCAUUAGCAAAAUUAGGUCCUGCCAAACUUACUCCAAGGUCUUCUCCUAAAUUCAUCCAAGGGCCUGAUGGCAGAAACUUGCAGCUGCAUUUCAGGUCAAGAUUGUCCCUUCCUCUGUUCACCGGUGGGAAAGUUGAGGGUGAACACGCCACUGCAAUCCAUGUUGUGUUGAUCGACACAAACUCGGGCCAUGUGGUUACAUCAGGUCCGGAAUCUUCGGUUAAAUUGGAGGUAGUUGUUCUUGAAGGUGAUUUCAAUAAUGAAGAUGACGACACUUGGACUAUUGAAGAGUUCGAGUCUCAUGUGGUUAAAGAACGUGAAGGGAAAAGGCCGCUUCUUACGGGGGAUCUACAGGUGGUUCUGAAAGAAGGUGUAGGAACUCUUGGUGAUCUGACUUUUACUGACAACUCGAGCUGGAUUAGGAGCCGAAAAUUCAGGCUCGGUCUGAAGGUUGCUUCAGGAUGUUGUGAAGGCGUUCGAAUUCGCGAAGCAAAGACAGAUGCAUUCACUGUCAAGGACCACAGAGGAGAACUAUACAAGAAACACUACCCGCCUGCUCUGAAUGAUGAAGUUUGGCGAUUGGAGAAGAUUGGUAAAGAUGGGUCAUUUCAUAAGAGAUUGAACAAAAAUGGAAUAUACACAGUGGAAGAUUUCCUCCGUCUGGUGGUUAGGGACUCACAAAAAUUGCGCAAUAUUCUUGGAAGUGGCAUGUCCAAUAAGAUGUGGGAUGUUCUGAUAGAGCAUGCCAAGACUUGUGUCCUCGGCGGAAAAGUUUAUGUCUAUUAUCCUGAAGAUGCACAGAAUGUUGGUGUAGUUUUCAACAAUAUCUAUGAGUUAAGUGGGUUGAUUGCUGAUGGACAGUUCCGUGCUGCUGACUCUCUUUCUGACAAUCAGAAGGUCUAUGUGGAUGGCCUAGUCAAAAGCGCGUACGACAAUUGGACACAUGUAAUUGAGUAUGAUGGAAAAUCCUUCAUGGAUUUUAAUUCAAACGAGAGCACAAUUACGUCUCAAGGCGAAGUGGAAAACAGUCCUCAAGAUCUUUUGGGAUCAUAUAGCCAUCAGCAUGGAAUACCAAGCCUACUGAUUCCAGGCGCUCCACCACCCGAGCAGCCUCCUCUUGCUACUGGCCCAACUAUUGCAGGAUACAGUAACGAUAUGUCAUCAAGAUUCUCAAACCAAUCACACAAUGAGAACCUCAACACGCCAUUUCUGUUUGAUCCCAAUCCGCAACAGCAGCCUCUACAGCAGCAACUAUUGGUUGGGACGUCACAUGAACAGCAGUAUCCAAGAAGUGACAAUUUGCUAGCUCUCGGCCCGCCUCAAACCUCUACGUCUGACUUCCAUAACACCGGACUGUCAGCAAACCUCACCUCACACAGAGGAGUCGCCGUCGAUGACUUCUUCACCGAAGAGGAGAUUCGGUUGAGAAGCCAUGAGAUGCUUGAGAACGACGACAUGCAGAACCUCCUUCGAAUGUUCAACAUGGGUGGAGGAGGUCAUGGUUUCAACGGAUCCUUUGGUGGUGCUGAAGAUGGAUACCAUCACCAUCCUUACCCGUCGAUGUCGACUCCAUACGCCCCGAAUCCAUCUCCUAAUUAUGGCUUCACCGGCGAUGACCAGUCUCGUUCCUCAGGCAAAGCUGUGGUCGGCUGGCUGAAGCUGAAAGCAGCUUUGAGAUGGGGCAUCUUUGUAAGGAAGAAGGCUGCUGAACGGCGUGCUCAGCUUGUCGAACUAGAUGAUCCUUAGGGAUGGGGGACAAAUCUUGGUUUCACUCACUUCGGUUAUCCUUCCUCAUAGCGGUUAGUGUAAGGAUGUCCUUGCGCAUUCUAAGUCGUCCAAUCGAGAAUCGGACCCAACUGCGAUUCACGUGGAAAACGAAUGCACCACAGCUACUUAUUUUUUCACAGCCAUUCGAUUCUCGAUCGAAUGACUGAGGACAUCCGAGGACGAUUCUUAUGCUUACUCUUCUGUGGAGAAUAGCUGAAUUUGGUCUGGUCUUUGUUUUUUGUCUGUACAGCAAGUAGAGCCUCUAAAACUGCCGCGAUAUAGUUGGAAAAAUCAACUAAAAUUGUGGAGAGCUAUGUUGUUUCUCCAGCUGCAGUGAAAAGGGCUAGUGAAGUGUGCUUUUUGUAUUUGGCUUUGGUUUCUUCAGCAUUCCUUAUAACAAUGAUUUCUCCCGUCCAGUAGCAUGAUGUGGAAUGCGAACUCUUUAGUACUUUUUAUUGAUUUCUAAUUUUGCUACGAUUUUCUGGACC